CGCGUGCGUGUGCCCGUGCCCCGGUACAGCUCGGUACAUUGUUAGUGGUGAGCGCACUUGUGCGGAACUAUGCAGCUCGGAAACCUGGUUGUGUGUGUUCUCCCACUUUUUCUUUGCCCCUGUUUGUCUGUGGGCUACGUGUUUCAGGCUGCACAGCCAACGGGUGAAAAAGAUGACAGUCCCCCACACCCUAAAAUAUCUGAAUGGGAAAGCACAGCUGGUUCCUGUAAGGGGCGGUGCUUCGAACUGGUAGAGGCAAAACCACCAGGAUGCAGAUGUGAUAAUCUGUGUAAGACUUACUACAGCUGCUGCUCUGACUUUGAUAGGCAGUGCCUCAAAACUGCUGGAGGAUUUCAGUGCACUCCUGAGCGGUGUGGGGAGAGCCGAAAUGAAGACUACGCAUGUCAGUGUUCAGAGGACUGUCUGGAGAAAGGAGACUGCUGUACUAACUACAAAUCUCUCUGCAAAGGUGAGAGUCAGUGGGUAGAUGGAGACUGUGAAGAGAUUUCUGCUGCAGAAUGUCCUGCUGGGUUUGUGCGUCCUCCUCUCAUCAUGAUCUCUCUGGAUGGAUUCCGCGCCUCCUACAUAAAGAAAGGAAAAAAUGUCAUACCCAACAUCCACAAACUAAGAAACUGUGGAACUCACGCACCUCAUAUGAGACCAAUGUACCCCUCUAAAACGUUUCCCAACCUUUACACACUUGCCACGGGUUUGUAUCCAGAGUCUCAUGGCAUCGUCUGUAACUCCAUGUAUGACCCCAUAUUCAAUGCAAACUUUAACCUGCGAGGGAGAGAGAAGCUCAAUCAUCGCUGGUGGGGUGGUCAGCCUAUCUGGAUAACAGCAGAGAAGCAGGGGGUGAAGGCUGGCACAUUUUUCUGGCCUUGGGUGAUUCCACUGGAGAGGAGGAUUCUGACCAUUCUCAGAUGGCUGCACUUACCCGAUGAUGAGAGGCCGUAUGUAUAUGCCGUACACUCGGAGCAACCAGAUACAUUUGGUCAUAGGCUGGGACCUCUCAGUAAUGAGUUGGAUAAUCCUCUAAGAGAAAUUGAUAACAUCAUUGGUCAGCUAAUGAACGGGCUGAAACAGAUGAACCUGCACCGCUGUGUAAACGUCAUCAUUGUGGGAGAUCAUGGAAUGGAGGAGGCGCAUUGCGACCGCACCGAGUAUCUCAGCCAAUAUGGACUCAAAGUUGAAGACCUCACGCUCAUCCCUGGAUCAUCUGGAAGGUUACGAGCCAAAAACCAGAGCAUGCCAUAUGAUCCAAAAGAACUGGUAGCCAAUUUAUCUUGUAAGAUGCCCAAUCAGCAUUUUAAGCCGUAUCUGAAGCAGCACCUGCCCAAACGUCUGCACUAUGCCAACAACCGCAGGAUAGAGGACGUGCACCUGCUCAUGGAGAGGAAAUGGCUUGUAGCACUGGCUCCUGAGAACAGAUUUCCCGGCAGCUGUCGAUACUUUGGUGAUCACGGAUUUGACAACAAGUUUAGCAGCAUGCAGACCAUCUUUUUGGGACAUGGCCCCAGCUUUAAGUUCAGGACGCAAGUUCCAGCUUUUGAGAAUAUUGAGCUUUACAACAUCAUGUGUGAUCUUCUGGGUUUGACUCCUGCACCUAAUAACGGCACUCACGGCAGUCUGAACUCCAUGCUUAAAGACCCUUCUUACACACCUACUCAACCAGAGGAAGUGACAUCACCAAAACCUCUGGAAGCUACCAUGACUUCCUCCGUCUCCUACAACCUGGGCUGCAGUUGUGAUGACGAGAAUAUGAUUGAGGAGAACACUGGGGGAUUUUCUGCUGACAUUGUAGGCUUGUUAAACAAUGUCACCCACCUGCCAUAUGGACGUCCAGCUGUUCUGUUCCAGACCACUUACACAUUACUGCCACACUCAGACUUCAUCAGUGCGUUCAGCUAUGAGCUCCACACGUCUCUGUGGACAGCAUUCACCAUCACACCUAAAAUAGAGGGCACUGCUUCCCCAGUCCCUGACUCGGAGUGUGUUAGAGCUGAUGUUCGGGUUUCUCCUGAACACACUCAGUCCUGCACCAGCCAGGAUCAGGAGAUCACUCGCGGAUUCUUAUAUCCACCCGGUUUAUCUGAGACUCCUGAAUCCAGACAUGAGGCAUCACUGAUCACUAACACAGUCCCCAUGUACCGCGCCUUCAAAAAGAUGUGGGACUACCUCCAGACGACAGUAUUAAGACGCUACAGUGAAGAGAGAAAUGGUGUUAAUGUUGUUACUGGACCAAUAUUCGACUACAACUUUGACGGCCUGAGAGACACAGUAGAGAAAAUCAGAGAGCAUGCAGGUGAAACCGCCCCAGUCCCCACACAUUACUACGUGAUAAUAACAAGUUGUGAGGGUGAAAACAUGACCUUGGAGGAGUGUAAUGGAACAAUUUCAAGCAUCUCCUUUGUCCUCCCACACCUGCCAGAUAAUUCGGAAAGCUGCCAUAGUGGGGAGGAGCCAUCUCGUUGGGUGGAGGAGAUCCUGCGCACCCAUUCUGCCCGUGUACGGGAUGUGGAGCUGCUGACCGGACUGGAUUUUUACCGUUCCACCCCGUUGUCCUACACGCACACCCUUUCUCUGAAAACCUACUUGCACACUUUCGAGGAUGACGUCUAAUGUCUGGGAAAAGUUACACGGCGUCAUCACUCUCGGGUCCGCUGAUGCUCCGGUGUAUAGUUUUUUGUAUAUGGUUCAUCAUAUUUAUUGCUCACAAAAAGUAAUAGUGCAAUGUUUAAACCGGCUUAGAACCACAAGGCUUUCUGUGUUAAUAGCAGCUGUAAUUAAGACUCGCAUGACUUGUGUUACAUGUUGUAGAGUGUGAAUAAACUUUCUGUAAGUAAGGAUAUAGUGUGUGUGUGUGUGUGUGUGAGAGAGAGAGAGAGAGAGAUAGUUGUCAGUUAUUAUGUGUUAUACAGUUAAAGUCAUAAGAGACAUAUACACCAAUCAGCCGUAACAUUAGAACCACCUACCUAAUAUUGUGUAAACAGCUCAGACAUUUUGACACAUUGACUCCACAAGACCUCAAAGUUUAGCAGUCGAUCCUCUUAAUUCUGUAAGUUGCAAGGUUGGGCCUCCACCUUGGUCCAGCACGUCCCACGUAUGAUCGAUUGGAUUAAGAUCUGGGGAGUUUGAAGGCCAGUUCAGAACUCUCUGUUAAGUUCCUAAAAGGAGCAGCACGGUGGCUCGGUGGGUAGCACUGUUGCCUCACAGCAACAAGGUCCUGGGUUUGAUUGCCAGGUGGGGCGGUCUGGGUCCUUUCUGUGUGGAGUUUGCAUGUUCCCCUCAUGUCCUACCACAGUCCAAAGACAUGCAGUCGGGUUUAUUGGAGAUACAAAAUUGUCCAUGACUGUGUUUGACAUUAAACUUGAACUGAUGAAUCUUGUGUAAUCAAUAACUACCUGUUCUGUCAUGAAUGUAACCAAAGUGUGUAAAACAUGACAUUAAAAUCCUAAUAAACAAAUAGUUCAUAAAA